UUCAAGGGAGGGAGGCUCCAACUUGAUUCGAAGUAUCAUUGAUCGAAAUAGCAACAACUACGCUACAUACCCAGUCAUCUCGCAGCCAUGCAUAUCAGCCAGUUAUACACUUACCCCAUAAAAUCGAUUCGUGGGACGGCCCUAUCGUCCGCGACCGUCAUCCGAACAGGCUUCCUCUACGAUCGCCGAUUCAUGCUCCUGAAGGUCCUUGACGAUGGCACCCUCAAGAACAUGCACGUUCCACACUUCCCGGAAAUGUCCCUAUUCCAAGCCGAGAUUGUCUUCCCUAGCGAGGAUGGCACGGAACUAGGACAGAUCAUAGUGACCUUUCGGCCGGCUGCGAGCGAGACCCCCAGUGAUGAUAAUGACACCAAGCCAAACCGCAUCCUCCACAUCCCCCUUUGUCCUGACACGCGGCAACUGGAAGAGCUGGCCAUCAUGAUGCACCAGAGCCCCACGAAGGGGUAUAAUAUGGGGGCACAGUAUAAUGAUUGGUUCAGUGAGUGGUUCGGAUACCCCGUUGUGCUGGCCUACCUGGGACCACAUUCGAGGCGAGUUCUCGGGAGCUUUGGACCCUCGAAAAGUGCAGCGCAUACGGGGGUGAUCAAAGAGGAAACGCCAGGAAAGCCGAAAGGAAAGAGAAACGAUGAGGGCAUGCUCACUGUGGGGACAGUGGUUGGGGUCGCUGGGGUGACCCUUUUGUUCAAUCUACUACUGGGCUUGAGUACGACGGGCGAACAGAAGAUGCCGCCGAUGUUCAGCGCGGCAGCGGUGGUCGUGUUGCUGGUGGUUAUGCUGGGGGGAAAAGCCGUCUAUGAUCGAGUCGGCGCAAGAGGGGAAGAAGAGGAACGCAUCACAUUCGCGGAUACGGCCCCGUAUCUGCUAGUGUCGGCCACAUCGGUGGACAACGUGUCGGAGCGGCUGGAAGGGGGCCUGGACAUGGAUGUCACCAAGUUCCGCCCAAACAUUGUUGUGGCUGGCGCAAAGGAGGCCUUUGAGGAAGACUUCUGGGCGGAGGUGGUCAUUGGGUCUGGCAAGGACGGCCAAACGCGGCUGCUGCUGACAGCCAACUGCGUUCGGUGCCAGAGUCUAAAUGUCGACUAUGCGACGGGCGCGAUGGCAGAGGGGGAGAUGGGCAAUGUGUUGAAGAAGUUGAUGAAAGACCGUAGGGUCGACAAAGGGGCGAAAUUUAGCCCGGUCUUCGGUCGGUAUGUCUUUCUCGACGGUGAGUCGGAGGGUCAGACAGUGCACGUGGGUGAUGAGGUGGCCGUCGCUCGACGGAUGAAUGAACGAAUGGUAUACGGUGAGCACUAA